CUGGGAUCUUCCGGAUUAACAAUGGAAAACGCAUCCCAUGUUUCAUCGUUUACACUUACAGCAUUUGGAGAUAUGGGAAACAACAAAUAUAUAUAUUUUGCUAUCACUCUAAUAGGGUAUCUUUUUAUAGUCAGUGUUAAUUCAUGUUUUAUUUUAUUAAUAAUACUACAGAAAAGCCUCCAUGAGCCAAUGUACAUCUGCCUCUGUAAUUUAUUUAUGAAUGCCCUCUUAGGAACUGCUAGCUUCUAUCCUUCAUUUCUGUAUCAUCUUCUUUCAGACACCCAAGUCAUUUCUUAUGAAUUUUGUUACAUUCAAAUAGGUGUUAUGUAUACAUAUAUCAUGGGUGAAAUGACAAUUCUAACAGUUAUGGCCUAUGACAGGUAUGUAGCAAUAUACUUGCCAUUAAAAUACAACACUGUCAUGACAUGUACAAAACUGUACAAAUUAUUAUUUGCAGCCUGGAUCUAUCCUGUUGUGAUGGUGUCUUUUGCACUCAUCUUUUCUGUGUCAGUUCCUUUAUGUGGAAACCAGAUUAAUAAAUUGUAUUGUCACAACUGGGAUGUUAUGAAGCUAUCUUGUGUAGACACAACUGUUAACAACAUUUAUGGAUUUUUGGUAUAUGCUUCAUUUAUUCCACUCUUUUCUUUUAUUGUAUACUCUUACAUUAAAAUACUUAUAGUAUGCCAUAACAGCUCCAAAGAACACAACAGGAAAGCUUUGCAAACCUGUCUUCCACAUUUAAUUUCAUUAAUCAGCUUUUAUGCUACUGUGUUAUCAGAAAUGGUUCAAAGCCGAUUAAACCCUAAGAAUGUGUUAAACAUUGUACGCACAAUCACAUCACUGGAACUUCUAAUUGUCCCUCCUCUUUUGAAUCCCAUUAUUUAUUGCCUGAUUCUGCCUGAGAUCCGUAAAAGAGCUGUUAAAAUAUUUAGAGGAAAACAAAUUGGUCUAAAAGUAACAAUUCCAAAUGCAACCAGACACUAGCUCCCUUUAUUUUAACAAUAAAAAUCUCUGACUAUGCAAAAGUAUGCUAUGUGGUAUGAUGCUGCUGUAUAUUUAAGCAAAGCUGAUCCUGCACUCUUCUUUAAAGUGCCCUCAGGGUUACACCCUGGUGACGUUGGCAUAUCAAUGCAAAUGAGCACAAUCAUUUAUAUAUAGAGGGAAUAAGACAAGAACUCAGCAUGGAUGAACUCCUUUUACCUUAAUUGAUUAAAAGACACCAUACUGUAGAAUCUUUUGAAAGACUUCUUCCUCAAGAUAAGCAGGGACCCCA